AGGCUGCAGCACAAUGGAGAUCAUAACCACCUCAAAUCUACACCCGAGAUGGAGAAAUCAGAUUUCCUUCUCCAGUCAUUUUUGUGGGAUUAGCUAAAUCUUAGAUCCACACUAACCCUUCACAAAGCUGCCAAGAUUAGUUAGAAUUUAUUUUAUUUGCAGGAGGGUUUACGGUUUUCUUUCCAAAGGGAUUAUAUCUCUCUAUAUAUAUAUAUAUUUAGAGUGGCUUCAGUCAUAACGCAGAUAGGUCAGAGGGAGGAAAAGAGUGCGUGUGUAUAAAAUAAAAACUCAGCUGCAAGAAUGACAGUCACUUGAAACGCCAAGACAAAGCCAUGGUUCUGGAUGGCUUUGCCAGUCCAUUUUAAAAACCACAAAAGCCGUCCUUUCCCUAGCAAACCCCCACUAGGGAGCCAGUGAAGGGAGAGCAAAGCCCCCCAGCUGGGCUGCCUGUUUCCCCAGCUGCUGCUGCUGGCACAGGAUGUCUGCAGAGGCAGUGCCAGGGGCUGAGGCUGGCAGGAGAGGCCUGAAGAAGCCACGUCCGUUCAGCAUCGAGGACAUCCUCUCCAGCCCUGCCGAGAAGAACCCCCAGGUCUUGGUGCCACUGUGCCUACGGAGCAUCUUGGACUGCACACCCCAGAGGCUCUGUGAGCUGGAGACCAUCCCAGCCAGCUCCCUGCAGGAGGAGGAGGAGGAGGAAGAGGAGGAAGAGCUGGAAGGGGCAGGCUGCAGCUGCUGCUGCUGUUCUCACACAAGUGCCCGCUCCCUGCAGGACCUGCCAGCCUGGCUGGAUGCCCGGCUCCCCUGGCCCGUGCGGCUCCUCCACCCGGCACUCAGGGCGUGCAGGAGCUCCCAGGAGAAGCCGGGCGAGCUGCAGGCCCUGCAGCAGCUGCAGCGCCGCACGCGCCGGCACCGCACCAUCUUCACCGAGGAGCAGCUGCAGGCGCUGGAGACGCUGUUCCACCAGAACCAGUACCCGGACGUGGUCACCCGCGAGCACCUGGCAAACCGCAUCCACCUGAAGGAGGAGCGCGUGGAGGUUUGGUUUAAAAACCGCCGGGCGAAGUGGCGGCAUCAGAAGAGGGCGACUGCCUCAGCACUGACCCUGCAGGCCAGGCAGGCCCCCAAGGAGAGCUGCUAGUGCCCAGAGGCUGCAGAGAGCACCCAGAGCACUGCCCUGGCUGACAGGCUCGGGGGUACCCCGAGGGGGCUGUGCAGCACAAGGGAACCUCUGUGGUUCACACAGGAGGAGGACAGGUAAAAGCAGACACGGCACUGUCACAUGCCUCUUCCAAAGUUCACGUGGCAAAUGACUGGGCAGGCAGGACGUGCAGGGGACAGAGCUGUACCGGUGUUAAAUGUGUGUGCUUUAAGAGAAGGAGAACUCCCCUUCUU